AUGAGACAUCAGGAAAAACAUGGUAAAAAUGAGACAAUCGAAUGCAAAAGAAAACUGGUAUCAGAUAUGAAAGGUAUAGUUGAUACAAUAAAAAAUGAACUAUCAACUAUGGAAAUAGAUGUUGACGAUAAAAAAAAAUCACGUCCUCCAAGAAUUCCAGAUUUAUCAAUCGAUGAUAAACGAAAAAUAUUAGGUUUGGUUAAUAUGCUUGGAAAGAUGAAUCAAGACAAGGAUAAAUAUUGUGAACAAGUUGCAAAUUAUUGUAAUGAAAUCAAAUCAUUUCAAUCGGAAAUAAGUCGUAUCAAAGAAAUGCAUCAGUAUGAAAAACUGAAUUUCUGUACACAGAUUGAAGAAUUGAAUGAUACAAUAAAAACGUUAAAAGAAAAACAAGAUAAAGAAUUCGACGAAUUUACACUCUAUAAAACUCAAAAAGAAAAUGAAAUCGCAAAACUUCGUGCCGAACAUAUUCAAGAAAUACAAAAUGUUCGAAAUGAUUAUCAAAAUAAAUUCGAUAGUCAAAAAACAUCUCAUGACAUUGAAAUGGAUCAAUUACGUACUCAAAUUAUUGAACAACAAAAUUUAUUGCAAGCAAAAGCAAUUGAUCAUGCCACGAUCGAAAAUUCAUCAAAAUUAAUAAUUGAACAAUUACAAAAAGAAAAUAGUUCUUUGCAGACGCGUGUUGAUGUCUGUCGAACAAAAUUGAAGAGUGCAUUUUACGCAUUAAAGAAAAUUAAACGAAAAUUAGAACGUAAACCAACUGUUUGUUCCCGAUCUGUUCAAACCAUGAAUACUUAUACAAAUGAAGACCUUACAACAAAAAUCAAAUGGGAUAAUAAACCAACAGAUCGAACACCAAAGUUAACGGAUCAAGCUUUAAUUUCAGAGCUAUUCUUUAAUAAAGAGAAAAGUCAACUGCCUUUGGAUCCAUUAUUUUACUCAAACAAUUUAAAAGUUAUGUCAAAAGAUUUUGCUCGAGUUGAGUAA